AUGAUUAUUCUGUUCCAAUGCUGCCUACUAAGAAAGCAGGUGGUGCAGCUGCUUGUUCUUAGCUGGGCUUGGGAGUUGGGGAAUAGCCAGCAGCUCCAUUAUUCUGUGCCUGAAGAAUCCCAGCAUGGCACCUUCGUCGGCUGCAUUGCUCAGGACCUGGGAUUAGAAGUGGAAGAAUUGGUGCCUCGGAUGUUCAGGAUGGAAUCCCAAAACCAGGGGGAUUUUUUAGAGGUAAAUGUGCAGAAUGGGAUCUUGUUUGUAAAUUCCCGGAUAGACAGGGAGGAGCUGUGUGCCAAGAAUGCUGACUGUGUUGUUCAUCUGGAAGUGAUUGUAGAGAAACCUCUGAAAGUCUUCCAUGUAGAGGUUGAAAUCAAAGACAUUAAUGACAACGCUCCUACAUUCAUUCAAAAGGAGCAAAAUAUCUUUGUUUCGGAAAUAAGGAUGCCUGGUUCUUUUUUUCCACUGGAGGGAGCUUCUGAUGCAGAUAUUGGUCCAAACUCUCACCUCACCUAUAUGCUCAGUUCCAGUGAUUACUUUAUUUUAGAUGUCCAGAGGAAAUAUGAUGAAAUUCAAUCAUUAGGACUCCUUUUAAAAAACAGUGUUGAUAGAGAAGUCAAGGCUACACAUCAUUUGUUGCUUGUGGCCAUAGAUGCAGGGAAACCAAAACUCAGUGGCACAACACAGUUGGUGAUUUCUGUGCUUGAUGAAAAUGACAAUGCUCCUACUUUUAACCAAUCAGUUUAUAAAGUCCAGGUGUCAGAGAAUGUUCAAAGUGGGACAUUAGUAAUUAAAUUAAAUGCUACUGAUUUGGAUGAGGGAAUCAAUAAAGAAGUUGCAUAUUCCUUUCAAAACCGUGUGCCUGUUAAAUUAAAAUAUAUAUUUACCUUAGAUUCUGUUAGCGGAGAAAUGAAAACAAUAGAAAAAUUAGAUUUUGAGGAAGACCGCCAAUAUGAGAUUCAGGUACAAGCUAGUGAUAAAGGGAGCAAUCCAAUGACAGGAUAUUGUACGAUUCUGAUUGAAGUACAAGAUGUAAAUGAUAAUGCCCCUGAGAUAUGGUUAAAGUCUUUGUUGGUACCAGUAUCAGAGGAUUCUCUCCCAGGGAUGGUGGUGGCCCUGAUUAGUGUCUCAGAUCGGGAUUCUGGGAUCAAUGGACAAAUAAGCUGCUCCCUUUAUCCUGCUGGCUUUCCCUUCAGGCUGGUUACCACCUUCAAGAACUACUACUCUCUAAUAGUGGCUGAACCCCUGGAUAGGGAGCAGAUGGGAGAAUACAAACUGAUUGUAAGAGCCCAAGAUCAAGGGACACCAACUCUGCUGACUACUAGUAGCCUGAUGAUACCUAUUGGUGAUGUGAAUGAUAAUGCACCUACUUUUGCACAGCCUUCCUAUACAGUCUUUGUGAAGGAGAACAAUCUACCUGGUGCUCAUAUCUUCACUGUUUCUGCCUCAGAUCCUGAUAUGGCUGAGAAUGCUCUGAUCAGCUAUUGGAUAGAUGAGAAGUUCUGGCCAUUGUCUAGUUAUAUUUCAGUACACUCAGAGAGUGGGAAGCUCUAUGUUCUGCAAUCACUGGAUUAUGAGGAGCUGAAGCUAUUGGAGUUCCAAGUGAGUGCCAAGGAUGCUGGACUUCCCUCUUUAUAUGGCAAUGUGACAGUACAAGUCUUUGUGAUAGAUGAAAAUGAUAAUGCGCCUGUUGUGUUAGCACUGGCAGAGGUAAAUCCCGUCUUGCUGGUGGUCCCUGUCAUGGCUGAACAAGUAGUUGCCAAGAUCCAUGCUGUGGAUGCUGAUUCAGGCUACAAUGCAUGGCUAUAUUAUGAAAUACAUGAAAACUCCAGCAAUUCUUGGCAAGUGGCUCAUUAUAGUGGUGAGAUCAGUACCAACCGUGCCCUUAUUGAGGAAGAAGUUAAUUUGAGCAGACAGAAUCUGCUAGUGCUGGUGAAAGAUCAUGGGGAGCCAGUGUUGUCAACCACUGCUACGCUGAGUGUGUCAUUUGUGGCAAGUCCCCAUCUCAUUCAGACUGAUGUCCAUCUUCAAGGAAUGGGAAAGAACCCAAGGCCCUUGGUGGAUAGCAUUAACAUCUACUUAAUCAUUGCUACCUGUUCAGUUUCCAGUUUACUUCUGCUGACCCUCAUGGUAUAUGUUGCCAUGCGAUAUGUCCAGGUGAAGAAGGCAAUGAUAUAUGGCCCUGGUACAACUACGUUAGUAUGUGCUAGUGAAGUAGGUAGCUGGUCAUAUUCAAAUCGUCACAGCCACUUCCUGGCUGCUGUGAGUGGGGAAUCUGGCAUCAAGAGCGACCUCAUGGUUUUCAGUCCCAACAUUCCUCCUCCCUCUCCUGGCAGUGAAAAACAGACACAAAUAUGUUGUGAUCCAGCAUUACAGAGUGAAUCUGUGGCAAAUCAGCUGCUGCAGCUGGUUCUGCUCCACACCGCCUGGAAAAUGGGGAGUGGCCAGCUCCAUUAUUCUGUGCUUGAGGAAUCCAGGCAUGGCACCUUCGUGGGCCGCAUCGCCCAAGAUCUGGGGUUGGAGGUGAGUGAUCUGGUCCCUAGGAUGUUCCGGAUGCUGUCCAAAGGAAAGAAGGACUAUUUUGAGGUAAAUGUACAGAAUGGGAUCUUGUUUGUAAAUUCCCAGAUAGACAGGGAGGAGCUGUGUGCCAAGAAUGCUGACUGUGUUGUUCAUCUGGAGGUGAUUGCAGAGAAACCUCUGAGAUUCUUCCAUAUAGAGGUUGAAAUCAAAGACAUUAAUGACAAUGCUCCCACCUUCUCUGCAAGGGAACAGAUUCUGAGCAUGGCUGAAUUGACGACAGCAUCUGGUACCCGGUUCCCCUUAGAGGGAGCCUCUGAUGCAGAUAUUGGUACUAAUGCUCUGCUAAGCUACAAGCUCAGCCCCAAUGAAUAUUUCAUUGUAGAACAGAAAACAGAUGAGAAAUUCAGUAAACCUUUAGCAAUUGUUUUAAAGAAGCCACUGGACAGGGAGGAGAACCCUGUUCAUCAUUUAGUACUGACAGCCACUGAUGGAGGUGAACCAAAACUCACAGGAACUGUUCAGCUAGUGAUUGUUGUGCUGGAUGUAAAUGACAACCCUCCUGUAUUUAAUCCAUCAGUUUACAAGGUAAAAUUAUUAGAAAAUGCAGCGGUUGGAACACUAAUUAUUAAAGUGAAUGCCACUGAUUUAGAUGACGGCAUGAAUAAGGAAAUUGAUUAUUCUUUUACUAAUCAUGUACCACUAAAUUUUCAGAACAUUUUUAGCAUAAAUUCCAAUACAGGAGAAGUAAUUGUAGAAGGACGGGUAGAUUUUGAAGACCUUUCUAUAUAUGAUCUUCAGAUUGUGGCAGAAGAUAAAGGGUACCCCCCUUUGUCAGGACAUUGCCAAGUGAUCAUUGAAGUGGUGGAUGUAAAUGAUAAUGCUCCAGAGUUGUUUGUCUCAUCACUCUCAGUGCCAGUGCCAGAGGACUCCUCACUGGGGACAGUGGUAGCCCUCAUUAGUGUUUCAGAUAGGGACUCAGGAGACAAUGGGCAAAUACAUUGCUCACUGUGGCCUCCUGAGGUACCCUUCCAACUUGUAUCCAAUUUCAAGAAUUAUUAUUCAUUAGUAGUGGCUGAGUCCCUGGAUCGGGAGCAAGUUACUGAGUAUCAGUUGAUGGUGAAAACAGAAGACCAAGGAGUCCCAUCACUGUCAGCUAGCAGUAUCUUGGUAGUGCCAAUCAGUGAUACAAAUGACAAUGCUCCCACUUUCACACAGCCCUCCUACACAGUCUUUGUGAAGGAGAACAAUCCCCCCGGUGCUCACAUCUUCACAGUAUCUGCCUCAGACCCAGAUGUAGCUGAGAAUGCCCUGAUCACCUACUGGAUAGAUGAGAAGCUGUGGCCAUUGUCAAGCUUCAUUUCUGUGCAUUCAGAGAGUGGAAAAUUCUAUGCUUUGCAACCUUUGGACUAUGAGGAAUUGAAACUGCUGGAGUUCCAAGUGAGAGCCAAGGAUGCUGGACUACCUUCCUUAUGUGGCAACGCAACUGUUCAAAUCUUUGUGAUGGAUGAGAAUGACAACGCACCUGCCGUGUCAGCAUCAUCAGAAGAGAAUUCCAUUCUUUUAGUGGUUCCAGUGAUGUCUGGGCAUAUAGUAGGCAAGAUUCAUGCCUUGGAUGCAGACUCUGGAUACAAUGCAUGGCUAAGAUAUGAGCUGGUUGAAGAAAGUAGCAGGCUGUGGGCUGUAGGGCAGUAUAAUGGUGAGGUGAGUACUAAAUAUUCUCUGGAUGAGGCAGAAGGAAGCAAAAGCCAGACUCUCCUGGUUCUGGUGAAGGAUCAUGGGAAGCCUCAACUCUCAACUACAGCCACCCUGAGUGUGUCACUUGUGACAAAUGCCCAGGCCAUCAAUACUGAUAUUCACCUCCCCAGGUCAGGGGAGAGCUUCAUGCCCCUGGUGGACUCGAUCAAUGUGUACCUGAUCAUUGCCAUCUGCUCUGUUUCCAGCCUGUUCCUGCUGGCCAUUCUCAUUUAUGUGGGCCUGCGGUGCCACUGCAAGUCAAAAGAAACCAUGGUGUAUGGUCCUGGCGCGGCCACCCUGGUCUGUGCCAGUGAAGUGGGCAGCUGGCCCUAUUCCAAUCGCCACAGCCACAUCCUGGCAGGUGUGAGCGCAGAGGCUGGUGCCAAGAGUGGCCUCAUGAUUUUCAGUCCCAACAUCCCUGUUUUAGCAAAUAAUGGGGAGCUUAGGAAUGGGACAGAGAUGCCCUCAAAUUCAUCCAAAGAGUCGCCGGUGGCGGACCGAUUGAAUAAGUCCUGCCUCCCUGCGGAGGGGGGUGACAUGCGAGAACCUCAAGGCCACCAGGGCGUGAUCUGA